ACCACCAAAUUGAAAAUGAGGAGUUGAAGGAUUUGAGGAAAGAUAUAAGAGUAACAGAAAAAUGGUAUCGUAAGCUCAAAAAACCCUCACAUUUUGAGGAUACAACAAACUCAUAUGAAGAGAAG